AUUCUAGUUUCUAAUUCACUUACUACUUAAAGCAUAUAUUUUAUUAACUUAAGUUUGAAUAAAUGUCCUGCUUUAAAAUGUUAUAUUAUUGUGUCCCAGUAAAUGUAAUUCAGGAAAAUGUUCAGAGGAGGUUUAAACCCUGAUGAUGCCUGUGCCCGAAUCCCACCCUCUGCUUCACCUAUUUAAGAUCUCCGCUUCACUGCCUCAAGUCAGAUUUGGAUUUUUCCCAUCUGAUACUCCUGAGAAGAGCUUAAACCCUUGCAGACGUCCAGCGGUCACUGCAGCAGCUUGAGCAGGGGAGAAAACCUGUCAGAAGAUGACUGACAAUGCUGUCUUUGAGCAUGAUCAAAUCACUGAAGAGACGGGCAGAAAUGGGAUGUCUUUGUCAAAGGUCAUCACCAUGGAGCCCAUGAAAAAGCAACAUGGAGCCACUGUCAGCUUUCACAGCAUCCGUUAUAGAGUAGAACAGAAGAGUGGACCCAUCUGUAAGAGGACAACAGUCCAGAAAGAGAUUCUGGUGGACCUCAAUGGGAUCAUGAGACCUGGUUUAAAUGCUAUUUUGGGUCCUACGGGAAGUGGCAAAUCUUCGUUUUUGGAUGUACUUGCAGCCAGGAAGGAUCCUGCAGGUCUUUCUGGAGAAGUGCUCAUCAAUGGAGCCCUACAGCCGCCUAAUUUCAAAUGUCUUUCCGGUUAUGUUGUCCAGGAUGACAUUGUGAUGGGCACUCUAACGGUGAGAGAGAACCUCCGUUUCUCGGCUGCGCUGCGUUUGUCCUCCCAAAUCAGUCCAAGGGAGAAGGAGGCAAGAGUCAGCCACCUCAUCUCAGAGCUGGGCCUCAACAAAGUCGCAGAUGCAAAGGUGGGCACGCAGCUUAUUCGCGGUAUCUCCGGUGGGGAGAGGAAGAGGACCAGCAUUGGGAUGGAGCUGAUCAUAGACCCCUCUGUGCUCUUUCUGGACGAGCCCACCACCGGUUUGGAUGCUAGUACAGCUCAUUCUGUGCUUCUGCUGCUAAAGAGAAUGGCCGGUCAGGGACGCACCAUCAUCAUGUCCAUUCAUCAGCCGCGGUACUCCAUCUACCGGCUCUUCGACAGCCUCACCCUGCUGGCCGGUGGCAAACAAGUCUACCACGGACCCGCUCAAGACGCUCUAGACUACUUUGCCAACAUUGGAUAUGCUUGUGAAGCUCAUAAUAACCCAGCUGAUUUCUUCUUGGAUGUCAUUAAUGGCAGCGCCGCAGCUGUUAACAUGACAAAGAUUCAGAAUAAUGGAGAUUUUGAGUUUGAAGUGGCUGCCGUCAGCCAGCAGUGUAUUGGGGAUCAGCUGGUGGACAAGUACAAUAACUGCAGUUAUGCACGGGGCAUCAAAGCCGAGCUGGAUCGCAUCAUCCGAACCAAAGACAACAAUAUCAGAGCCAAAUGUCACACCAUCACCUACAACAGCUCUUUCUUCCACCAGCUCCACUGGGUGUUAUGGAGAACCUUCUGGAAUCUAAUGCUGAACCCACAGACUUCAGUUGCACAGUUGGCCGUCACGACCCUCAUGGCUGCCAUUGUUGGUGCCAUCUUCUAUGGAGUCAAAGAUGACCAGAGUGGCGUACAAAACAGGUUUGGUGUUUUGUUCUUCAUCACAACGAAUCAGUGUUUCAGCACACUCUCCGCUGCCGAGCUCUUCAUCACGGAGCGCAAACUGUUUAUUCAUGAAUACACAAGCGGAUACUACAGAGUGUCUGUCUACUUCCUGUCCAAGAUCCUGUCCGACAUCAUCACUCAGCGCACGAUCCCUACCAUACUGUUCACCUGUGUUAUUUACUUCAUGAUUGGGCUAAAACCCACAGCGGCAGCGUUCUUCAUCUUCAUGCUGACAGUGAUUCUGGUGGCUUGUACGGCCGCGGCCAUGGCCAUGGCCAUCUCAGCUGACCAGUCAGUGGUGGCAGUGGCCAACAUCUUCAUGACCGUCAGCUUCAUCUUCAUGAUGAUCUUCUCUGGUCUGCUGGUUAACCUGAAGAGCAUCAUGGACUGGCUGUCCUGGUUGAAGUAUCUCAGCAUCCCUCGCUAUGGGCUUGAGGCAUUGGAGAUAAAUGAGUUUGUGGGGCUGAAUUUUUGUGGAAAUGUCUCUGCUGUGAUGAGCGGCCCAGCCACAGACAUCCUCAUGUGCACAGGAGAGCAGCAUCUGACGUUCCAAGGGAUCGAUUACUCAUCCUGGGGUUUAUGGCAGAACCACAUUGCACUUACAGUCAUGACUUUGAUCUUUCUCAUCAUCGCUUAUAUCAAGCUCAGAUACAUUCAUACGUUCUCAUAAAUGUUCUGUUUAAUAUUAGCUUUAUGAAUCACUACACAGUGAUGUAUCAUAUAAUAUCAUUUUAUCCUUCUUUACAGUAAGGACGGACGUAGAUGUGAUUCUUUCAAUGCUGAUUUCAUGCUAAGUUCAAGAUUGUAAAGAUCAUCAGGGUUUUAUAGUCAACAUGUGAUCAAAACUGGCCCUAUUUACUUUCCAAAUACACAUGACUGGUCUUACUAUGAACAAUUAUAAUACACAUUAUUUUUCCAGUCUGAUCAAAGUGUUACUGCAUUUUCUUUCUUUCUUACUUUUGUAACAAACAUAUCACAUGAAGGGCCGUUCACACCAAGAACGAUAACUGUAUUAGCAUCCACACCAAUGCUUGAUGAUAUUCUGUUUAUUAUAAGCAUGCUCUUCAGUUUUGUCGCCUGCCACUUUAAAUUCUCGAGCUCUUUAAAGGAUUAGUUCACUUCAGAAUUCACCCCCAUGUCCUCCAAGAUGUUCAUGUCUUUCUUCAGUCGAAAAGAAAUUAAGGUUUUUGAGGGGAAACAAU